CCACGUUCCACGCCGCGGCCUCGCUCCCGGGUGAGGGCCAGCCGCUGCGGCCGCCUCGCACGCGCCCGGGGCUGCGAACACCGACGCCCGCGCGUUCCCUUCGCGCGCCCGAGGUUCGGCCGCGGCUGACAGCGGGCGGGCCGGCGGACCGCGCGGGGAGCCGGCGUUGCGGUCGGGCGGGCCGGCCAUGGAGGCGGACGGGGCCGGCGAGCAGAUGAGACCGCUACUCACGCGGGGUCCUGAUGAAGAAGCUGUCGUGGAUCUUGGCAAAACAAGCUCAAAUGUGAAUACCAAGUUUGAAAAAGAAGAACUAGAAAGUCAUCGGGCUGUGUACAUUGGUGUUCACGUGCCCUUUAGUAAAGAGAGUCGUCGGCGUCACAGGCAUCGGGGUCACAGGCAUCACCACCGGAAAAGAAAAGAUAAAGAAUCAGAUAAAGAAGAUGGGCGAGAAUCUCCUUCUUAUGACACUCCAUCGCAGAGAGUUCAGUUCAUCCUUGGCACUGAGGAUGAUGAUGAGGAGCACAUUCCCCACGACCUGUUCACGGAAAUGGACGAGCUGUGUUACAGAGACGGAGAAGAGUAUGAAUGGAAAGAAACUGCCAGAUGGCUGAAGUUUGAAGAGGAUGUAGAAGAUGGUGGUGACCGGUGGAGUAAACCUUACGUGGCAACGCUUUCUUUGCACAGUCUUUUUGAACUACGGAGUUGCAUCCUAAAUGGCACUGUUAUGCUGGAUAUGAGAGCAAGCACUCUAGAUGAAAUAGCAGAUAUGGUGUUGGACAACAUGAUAGCCUCUGGCCAGUUAGAUGAGACCAUAAGAGAGAAUGUUAGAGAAGCUCUCCUGAAGAGACAUCACCACCAAAACGAGAAAAGAUUCACCAGUCGAAUUCCUCUUGUUCGAUCAUUUGCAGAUAUAGGCAAGAAACAUUCUGACCCUCACUUGCUUGAAAGGAAUGGGGAAGGCCUUUCAGCCUCCCGCCACUCUUUACGAACGGGUCUCUCUGCCUCAAACCUUUCAUUGAGAGGAGAAUCGCCUCUAUCUCUUCUUCUCAGUCAUCUUCUUCCUUCUUCAAGAGCUGGAACCCCUGCAGGCUCGAGGCGUACUACCCCAGUACCCACCCCUCAGCACAGCCCUCCUUCCAGCCCUAGCAUCAGUCGCCUGACCUCCAGAAGCUCCCCGCAGAGUCAGCUUCAGCCCCCAGAACUGCUAGUGUCACCUGCCAGUGAUGAUAUUCCCACAGUAGUCAUUCAUCCGCCUGAGGAAGACGUAGAAGCACUGAAAGGCCAGGAGCAGAAGAAUGAGGAAAAUGUUGACCUAACACCAGGUAUUUUAGCCUCUCCACAGUCUGCUCCUGGAAACUUGGACAAUAGUAAAAGUGGAGAAAUGAAAGGUAAUGGAAGUGGAGGAAGCAGAGAAAAUAGUACUGUUGAUUUCAGCAAGGUCGACAUGAAUUUCAUGAGGAAAAUUCCUUCUGGAGCAGAGGCAUCUAAUGUCCUAGUGGGAGAAGUAGACUUUUUGGAAAGGCCUAUCAUUGCGUUUGUGAGACUGGCUCCUGCGGUCCUCCUCUCAGGGCUGACUGAGGUUCCUGUCCCUACCAGGUUUUUGUUUCUGUUACUGGGUCCAGCAGGCAAGGCUCCGCAGUAUCAUGAAAUUGGCAGAUCAAUAGCCACUCUGAUGACAGAUGAGAUUUUUCAUGAUGUAGCUUAUAAAGCAAAAGACAGAAAUGAUCUCUUAUCUGGAAUUGAUGAAUUUUUAGAUCAAGUAACUGUCCUGCCCCCAGGAGAGUGGGACCCUUCCAUACGCAUUGAGCCACCAAAAAGUGUUCCUUCUCAGGAAAAGAGGAAGAUUCCUGUGUUUCCCAAUGAGUGUGCCCCGCUGUCUGGGGAGAGUCCUAAGGAGGCUGCGCACCAUGCCGGGCCUGAGCUCCAGAGGACUGGAAGGCUUUUUGGUGGUUUGAUACUUGACAUCAAAAGGAAAGCACCUUUUUUCUUGAGUGACUUCAAGGAUGCAUUAAGUCUGCAGUGCCUGGCCUCGAUUCUUUUCCUAUACUGUGCCUGUAUGUCUCCUGUAAUCACUUUUGGAGGGCUGCUUGGAGAAGCUACAGAAAACAGAAUAAGUGCAAUAGAGUCUCUUUUGGGAGCUUCAUUAACUGGGAUUGCUUAUUCCUUAUUCGCUGGGCAACCUCUAACAAUACUUGGAAGCACGGGUCCAGUUCUAGUGUUUGAAAAAAUCUUAUAUAACUUCUGCAGAGAUUACCACCUUUGCUAUCUACAUUUAAGAGCCAGUAUUGGACUAUGGACUUCCUUCCUGUGCAUUGUAUUGGUUGCAACAGAUGCAAGCAGCCUUGUGUGUUAUAUUACUCGAUUUACAGAAGAGGCUUUUGCAGCUCUCAUUUGCAUCAUAUUCAUCUAUGAAGCUCUGGAGAAACUCUUUCAUUUAGGAGAAAUAUAUGCAUUUAAUAUGAACAAUAACCUAGAUAAACUUACUACCUACUCAUGUGUAUGCAUGGAGCCUCCUAACUCUAGCAAUGAAACUCUAGAGAACAAUGUAACAGCACUGAAUAUUUCCUGGGAAAACCUCACUGUAUCUGAGUGUAAGGCCUAUCAUGGAGUGUUUGUAGGCUCGGCCUGUGGUCUUCAUGGGCCUUAUAUUCCAGAUGUGCUUUUUUGGUGUGUCAUUUUAUUUUUCACAACAUUUUUUCUGUCUUCAUUCCUCAAGCAAUUCAAGACCAAGCGUUAUUUUCCUACUAAGGUGCGGUCGACAAUCAGUGACUUUGCUGUAUUCCUCACAAUAGUAAUUAUGGUCGCAAUUGACUACCUUGUAGGAAUUCCAUCUCCUAAACUUCAUGUUCCUGAGAAAUUUCAGCCUACCAGUCCACAUAUUAGGGGCUGGAUCAUAAGCCCAUUGGGGGAUAAUCCUUGGUGGACCUUACUGAUAGCUGCUAUUCCAGCUCUGCUUUGUACCAUUCUUAUCUUUAUGGAUCAACAAAUCACAGCUGUAAUCAUAAACAGAAAGGAGCACAAAUUGAAGAAAGGAGCUGGCUAUCACCUUGAUUUGCUCAUGGUCGGUGUUAUGUUGGGAGUGUGCUCCAUCAUGGGACUGCCCUGGUUUGUGGCUGCCACAGUGCUGUCAAUUAGUCAUGUCAACAGCUUGAAAGUUGAAUCUGAGUGCUCUGCCCCUGGAGAGCAACCUAAGUUUUUGGGAAUCCGUGAACAGCGGGUUACAGGGCUCAUGAUUUUCAUUCUAAUGGGCCUCUCUGUGUUCAUGACCUCAGUGCUAAAGUUUAUUCCAAUGCCGGUUCUGUAUGGUGUUUUCCUUUAUAUGGGAGUUUCUUCAUUAAAAGGAAUCCAGUUUUUUGAUCGCAUAAAAUUAUUUGGAAUGCCUGCCAAACACCAGCCUGACUUGAUCUACCUCCGUUAUGUGCCUCUGUGGAAGGUGCACAUCUUCACUGUGGUGCAGCUCACUUGUCUCGUUCUGCUGUGGGUGAUAAAAGCCUCAGCUGCUGCAGUAGUGUUUCCCAUGAUGGUUCUUGCAUUAGUCUUUGUACGCAAGCUCAUGGACCUGUGUUUCACAAAGAGAGAACUUAGUUGGCUUGAUGACCUCAUGCCAGAAAGUAAGAAAAAGAAAGAAGAUGACAAAAAGAAAAAAGAAAAAGAGGAGGCUGAGCGGAUGCUUCAGGAGGAUGAAGACACUGUGCACCUUCCAUUUGAAGGAGGAAGUCUCUUGCAAAUUCCAGUUAAGGCCUUAAAAUAUAGUAUUGACCCCUCCGUUGUUAACAUAUCAGAUGAAAUGGCCAGAACUGCACAAUGGAAGGCACUUUCCAUGAACGCUGAGAACACGAAAGUGACCAAGCCUAACCUGAGCCCUGAAAAGCCUGUGAGCGUGACAAUAAAUUUUGAAGAUGAGCCAUCAAAGAAAUACAUGGAUGCUGAAACUUCAUUAUAGAAUUGAGCCAAGAGGAAUUAUAUAUGGAUAUAUAACUCUCUAUGUAUAAUGUGUGAUGUCACUAUGUAUAACAAUAUCUAUUUAUAUAUGACUACUGGGGAUUUUGAAGUAGUUAUCCGAAGCUUGUUAUGGGCACCAUGGAGACUAUAUGUUAAUAUAUUGGUCUCUUAGAAGUGAGGUACAUUCAAGUAUUUAUUCUGUUGAGAAAAACAAAAAGCUUUUCUGUCCUGCAAUAGAACGAUAUGGAGAAUACAUUUAAUCUGCUUUCCUUAAAUUUAUUUGUUACUCAGUGGCAGUUAUAGCAGCCUUAAGUGAUACAUGUUGUAUAAUUUUUACUUGAGUUUCUAAGAGUGAUCACGUGUUCGUUCACACUUGUUAGUGCUUUCUCGGGAGAGCAGGGAGUCUGUGUUGAUGACACAGGUGGACGUGUGUCUGGCUUCCCCGUGUCUCUGUUCAUGUGGAGGUCAUCAUGCUUCAUGAGAGGUGGCAUUUUGGGGGGGCCACAGAGUUCAACGUCAGAAUGGAAACUUCCUGGAUAGGCAUUAGGACUCUUAAUUAUGAUUUUUAGGAAUAAAAAAGAAUCUCAAAAUUUACAUAAAGCUUCCGUGCAAACAGACAAGUGAAAUUGUAGGCAACUUCUGAGGUACUGCCCAUAUCACUGGUGACCUUCUGGAUUUUCAAAGCUGUAAAAAGAUGGAUUGCUAUGGUAAAGUUUUGUUACUUUGUAGAAAUUUUUCUAACUACUCACAAUUUCUAAAAGUCGUAAGUCCCAGUCUGUUCUUUGCUUUUGCUCUAUUUAAGUGGUUUCGUUUGUAUCAGGUUCAAGUUCCUAUUUUUCUUUUAUAAUAGGAUUUAUUAAAAUAAUCAGGAGUCAUGAUUCUUUCAUGGGUUUAUGAUCAGUAUUAUUUUAUUAAGAAUUACCUUUCAUUUUCUGUUAUUUCUAUUACAUAGGCUACAUUUAAUAUAUUAUUCACAAUUUCACUUUAAAAUAGUUUGAUUGAUUCUAUGCUUAAAAUUUAUACAAAAUUUGAAAAGGUAAAUUUAGAUUAAAAUGUAAAUAUCUGGUGCUCAGUUGCAUUUAUGCUUAAUAUCUGAAGGUAGUUAACAGAUUUUAUUUGCCUCUGUGAUAUAAAGCACUGCCACAUUUGUAUUUUAAAAGAAAAAUUGGCAUUUUAUGUAUGCCUCAGAUUGAUGGCAUGCAGUUCUUGUCUGUGUUAGUGUCUGAUUUUUAUUUAGUCUUUCUGAGCUACCUUUUUAACUUCCAACAAAUCAUUUCUAUCAUUUUUUAUGCUCUUAGCUCCCCACAAAUCAAUAAAUAUUGUUCUUGGUAAGCCUACAGGGCCAAAUAAGGUUCUGUAACUGAGUUGGCAGAGAACAGUUUACAAAAUCCUGGUGAAUAUUGUGAAGCCACAGAAAUACUGAAGAUGGUGAAAUGAAUAUUGAAAACAUUAAACUGAAAUUCAUUUGCUCUUCUUAGUCAUUUGUGAUUCAAGAACAAAAGUAUGAAGAAACUGACCUUACAGAAAGAUCAUGAGAAAUGUCAAAAACUGACAUUUUAGUGUUUUUAUUCUAUUCUAAACUACUUAAGUAGUGUAAUUUCCACCCCUAAGACCAUAUUUUCCUGUUCUGGUAAAAAAAUAAUAGGUUUAACUUCAGCCACAGAUGAGAUGUUAAUUAAAGUGUCGCUGCUUUUCUUUACAAAGGUAGCUGUCAUGUUUGAUAUUGCCUGAAAAAGAGUUGGCAAUUGGUGGAAAGUGUUGGCCAUGGUGCUCACCAUCAUUUAUCAACCUCCACGCAAGGGUUUCUAUUGUACUCACGGUAGCACAGCCCUCACAAGCCCACAGAGUGCCGCUGCUCUUCUAACUCCCCUGCUGUACCUGAGCAAGAGGGAGUCCUCCUUUCACUCCCUGAGUGCAGACGUCAAAGGGUUAACAACUUUGCUUACUUCCCAGGAGGUGAAUUUAAAAUUUAAGCCUAAAACUACCUGGUAUUACAUUGCUUCUGUGAUUUUAUUUAAUUAUGUAUAGUAAUGAUCCAGUGCCAGAAAAACCAUAACUUGCAAAAUACUUUAGGUUCAACAGUGUUUUACUGUGUCUCCUAUUGCUAAUGAUUUCUGCUUUAUUUUGACUACUUGAGUAUAAAUGAUCUGAUAGGACUUCUCCGUUCAAGAGCAGAGGUAAUGCCUGGUUUAAGUAAUUAACUGCUUCUUCUAAGGCUUAUCAUGGAUGGCAUUCAUUGCAAGACGGGAAAAAUAUAAUUUAUGUAUUGAUUUUUAAAUGUUGCCUUACAUAGGUGUAUAUGAGCAGUUGUAGUUGCUUUGUACAGAUUUACCUCAAGGUGCAAAGUAAUUAAUCCUGUAUAUAUUCCACUUACAAAAUAAAUUCACCUAAAUAGUCCUGCACUUUCUUAGAUGCCUUGAUUUUUCAAAAAUGGAGCUUAGUGCUACUGAAUACCCUGGCUACAGAGCCAACUCAGGAUAUUCUUUUCUCCACCCUAUGUUAUUUAUUUAUAGGUACCUGUUUACAAAGACUAUAGUAAGUCCUGAUGUUGACCAUCUGAAAUUUACUUUCUUUUAAUUGCUGUUUCAAAUCUAAAAUAGCAGCCUUUGAGAAAACAAUGAAUUAGCUUCCUUAUGAUUAAAGGGUGAUUUUUAUAUAUUUUAAAAUAAUAUUAGAUAUUCAGAAGAAGCAAAGCACACAGUUUUUCUAUAGCUUAUUGUGAAUGUGUUGAGUUGUCUGUGUGUGCGUGCGUGAGUGUGUAUGUAAAGUUACCAGUCUUAGAUUACUUAAAGCUGUGGUGUGUCAGUGUUGAUAUUUGCCAAGUCUUCUGUAAAAUCUAUAGGGUGAACUUUUUUAUGUGUUCAUGCAUGUAUUCAUAAAGGAGAUUUCUUUUUUUACCAUUCAGAAAUACUAAGUUUUCUUUUCUCCAACCAAAAAACAUUUGCUUCUUUCCUGUACUCAAAGUUUCUGUGUGAGUAGAAGAGCAUUUAAACUUUUUCCUUUUGGAAAGGCAGGUUAAAAUCUGUAGAAGAAAAAUGGUCUCUGAACUGGGCUUGCUGUGUAGAGGGUUAUGUCAUGGAUCAGUUCUGUCAUUUGAUGCAGCAUUUAACUUGUGAAUCCUGUUUCUGAAUGCUCAGAUUUGAAUGUGUUAGCUCGAUAUUCACAUAACACAGCAAUUCAAAAUGUUUAUAUUAAAUAACUUAAUUUUUGAGAAUUAUUUAUGUAGAUUGCCUCAUUGUUAUUGUAAACAGUACAGAUAUGUGAAAUACCUUUUCAUUUAUUUCAAUAAUUAUUUAUUUUUAGAAGGUAAAUUUAAAGAUUUUAAGUAUAUUCAAGAUUUAAGAUAGUGUUCACGUUGCAAAAUUUGGCAAUUUUGGUUUUAAAGCUUUUCAACUUUUCAAAAGUAAAGUAAGUAGUGGUUAUAGGAAACCAUAGUUGGGAACAGAAUCGCCUGAAAAUUACUUCUGCAUUUGUUUAGCACAUACUUUCGAGUGAUUGUUAUGCCCCAGUUUCAUUUUAUUGUUUCGAUCAGUUUUGGCACGUUGAUUUGUAUGUAUGUGUUGCUUUAUUAUUCAAGGUUUUAUUUCAGGGUCUGCCAAGAGGGUGUCUUCCAGCAUAUUACUAUGUUUAAAAUAUACAAAGAUUGAAUUUUAUUAUUCAGUUAUGUAAUAUUUGAUAACUUGGUGUAAUUUCACAAGUACAGUUACAGUUUUUAUGACUUUUAUAAUUACAAUAACUGUUUUAUAAUAAAAUCCAAAAUAAAUUAAACAUGAAAUUGUAGAACUCAUAUUUUCAUUUAUAUGAAGUACAAGUCUCUACCGAAGUCUAUAAUGUGAACAGUCCUGCCUUUCAAAUUUCACAAUUGUUAGAAGAAAACUAUUUUUUUGUAGAUGUUAUUGAAGUUGAAAAAGCAAUAAAAGUCUACUUAAUAAGUUGU